AUGCCAAUCAAACAAGAGUUCCCCCCGCCAGCGUCCCAAUCACACUUUGCCAAGUUCCAAGACUUCACGCCCAACGCCGACGCGCCGUUUGAGCAUGAAUUCGCCCGCCUCGCCUCCUCGCAGGACUGGAAGCCCGGCUCCCAGCAGUACACGCGGGAGCGCACCAUCGCCCUGAGACAGGAGCUGAUAACGCACUACUUUUGCAAGCACGAGGCCGCGCAGGCGCCCGGGCUCGCCGAGGACGCCAAACUCGAGGGAUACCAGGCGCUCUGUCACGAGGUCGGCCUGCCCGUGAGCGACUCCCAGGCCGAGUGUAAGAGGCGCCUCAAGAACACCCUCGUCAACAUUGUCGACCUAAUUGACGCGCGCCGGACGCAGUGCCGCGUCAAGGUCUGGAACCACUUCACCGCCUUCCGCCAGUACACGCUGCAGCCCAGACAUAGAAUCGACACCAAAGAGGCCAAGAAGGACGGGGGAUACCUGGCGUCUUUGUUGCGGAAUUUCAGUCCCCCGCGGCGGCUGGGCAGGAGAGGCGGAACGAGGCAUGCUUCGGGCUCCCGUGGGCUCUGCGAGCAGGUGCUUAUCAAGACGGAGCCGGCUUGA